AUGAACAAAGAAAAAGAAGUAUCCGCCCUAUACGACGAAAAAAUUAAAUCAAUCAUAAAUAAUAAUAUAAAUAAUAAUAAUAUAAAUAAUAAUAAUAAUAAUAAUAUUGGUAUUGAUAAUAAUUGGACUACUGAAAUGGCUGAACUCGCAAUUGUUACCGAUAAUUAUAAAGCAUUUAAAGUCAUCCUAAUGAAAACAAAGGCAUUGGCUCUAAAGUAUACAAACCCAUUGAAUGGUUUAAUUCGUCUCAAAGAUCGAAUCAAAGUGUCUUCACUUGAAUUCAUUGCCUUUGUCUACAAGUACUAUGACAAGUUGACGAGUAAAAACAUCCUUUUACUAAAUAUGUAUGCUAGUGUACGAGGUGACAUUAACAUGCUACAGAAAAUUCAUACAUUGUAUCCAACCAAACGUUUGGAAUCAUUGAAAUCAUCUCGUUGUAGAAUACUAGAUAUUGCAUACCUAUGUGGCAAUCAAAAGUCACGAGACUUUGUAUUAGAUAAUCGACCGUUUGAACGAUUAUCUAAUAAAUUAUGGACAGGAAUCGUAUCAAAUCUAAAUGCAGUUUUAUGUACUAUAGGAGCCAUCAAAUGUUUGUUUUUUGAUAAUACUACAUGGUCAGAGAAUCCAUUCCUUGGUGCUACACCCAACAGUUUAUAUUGUCUCCGUUUUAUACUUGGUUAUUUCAUUUAUGAUACAGGUGUUAUUCUAGUCCAUCAAAGUUUAUUGGAUAUUCCAACUCUUACACAUCAUUUAAUGGCUUUAUUAUUAUAUUAUUGGGGAAAGACAAGUUUAUAUUGUCAUUUUGUAUUGAUUUCAUUUAUGUUUACUGAAAUUACAACUCCAUGUGUUAAUAUUAGAUGGUUCUUGUUGAGAACUAAAAAAGGAGAAAGUAAAGCAUAUAUAGUCAAUGGAAUGAUGAUGGCUUUUGGAUUUUUGAUUGCUCGAGUCGUUUAUAUUACUGCAUCGGUUGGUGGUGCAUUGUACAAACACUAUAGUGUAGCUGUCAAUCUACCCUCCUAUAUAUUCUGGGGUACCUAUGUUGGAUACACCAUUAUCAAUGUUUUAAAUGUCUAUUGGGCAUUCCUCAUUUGGAGAGGUUUGCUAAGAGCUGUACUUGGAAAGAAGUCUACCAGGUCAUCAGCAUCAUCAGCGGUUGAUGUGAAACAAGAAUCUUCAGAUCAACAAAAACAACAACAACAAAAGUACCAACAACAAAUACAAUCACAACAAAUUAGUAAUAUUAAUACAAUAAUUAAUAAUAGAUCUUCUAGAAAACCACAAGAAGCUUAA